AUGGGUUUCUUUACUCGUUGCACGGCCCUGUUUUUGGCUACCUCCGCUCUCUUCAACGUCAUUUUUGCCAGUGCUCUUCCUCCACUCGUUGAUAAUAAGCGGCACUUCGUUCUCACGUUGACCUGGGAGAAAAUUUCUCCCGAUGGCGUCGAAAGGGACAUGUUUCUGGUCAACGGGCAGUUUCCAGGCCCCUUGUUGGAGAUGAACGAAGGCGACGACGUGGUCAUCUUGGUCAAGAACGAGUCCCCUUACAACGCCACGAUCCAUUAUCACGGUAUCGAGAUGAUGGGCACCCCUUGGUCUGACGGCGUACCUGGGAUUUCACAGAACCACAUCCAGCCCGGAUGCGCAUUCACGCAGAGGUGGAAAGCCACUCAACGUGGCACAUUUUUCUACCACUCCCACUCAGAGAGCCAAGUCAACGACGGCCUCUACGGGCCCAUUGUCAUCCAUCCUGCGCUCAACACUCCGAAGCCCUACAGCAUGAUCACCGAAGACCCAGUAUCUCUCCAUGCCAUCGAGCUAGCGGAGAAAAGGCGGAUCCCGAUGGUCCUGUCGGACUGGCGUCACAUCACAUCAGAUAAGGAAUGGGAGAUUUCGGAGCAGUCGCACAUCGAACACAUUUGCUUUGACUCGAUCCUCAUCAACGGCAAGGGCAACGUCAACUGCCUGUCACCCGAGGAGCAGCCAGCUCUGACGACUCCAGGUCAGGCGGCCCUCUUGGGGCUGGUGCCAGGGGCGAAACUCACCACUAAGUCAUGCCUGCCCCCCGAUGUCCUCGCCGCCAUCCCCGGCAGCCCGGGAGCCCUCCCCGUCGACCUCGCCGUGAUCCCACCCGACCUGUUCAAUAAAUGCACUGCCACCACAGGUUCGUCCGACAUGAUCGAGGUGACGAAGACCAAGUGCGAGGCCGAGAAGUGGAUCAUGCUGGACCUGAUCGGCACCUUCGGGCUGCACACGGUGCAAGUCUCGCUCGACGAGCUGACAAUGUGGGUCGUGGCCGCCGACGCUAACUACGUCGAGCCCACGGCCGCGAACUCGAUCCUCGUCGCCAACGGCCAGCGCUACACGGUGCUGGUCAAGCUACCGGCCGAAGGGCCGUCGCGGCGCUACACCUUCCGCGUGUCGUCGGUCUCGGACCCGCAGAUCCUGUUCGCGACGUCGACGAUCGACUACCGCGUGCAGGGCAGCAAGCCGGCGCAGGUAUAUGCCAACAACACCUCGGCCUCGGCCUCGACGCCGUGGAUCAACGUGCGCGGCGUCAACCUCACCAGCGACGUCGUCUUCUUCGACCCCAGCGCCGUGAAGCCGUUCCAGCCGGCCCCGAUUCCGCGGGACGUGGAUAAAACGUACAAGUUCACGAUGCAGAUCGACGGCAACAACAACCAGUGGGCCUUCAACGUGACGCGCGACAGGGACCUGGACACGGCCGGCGUGGCGCCGCCGCUCCUAUUCGCGCCGCGGCCCGGGCUGCAGGAUAACCACACCAUCACGGUGCCGUCGGAGGCGUCGUGGGUCGACUACGUGAUGCAAGUGCCGGUAGGCCAACCGCCGCACCCGGUGCACGCGCACGGACGGCACUUCUACGUGCUGGGGCAGGGAUCGGGGGCGUUCAAGUGGGACAGCGUCGCGGAGGCGGUGCAGGACGUGCCGGAGUUGUUCAACCUGGUGAAUCCGCCGCUGCGGGAUACGUUCCCGACGCCUGCCUCGUCGUUGGAAGCUGCGUGGUUGGUGCUGCGGAGGCCGAGCGAUAACCCCGGCGUGUGGUUCUUGCAUUGCCAUAUCAUGAGUCAUCUACAGGGCGGCAUGAGUAUGGUCAUUCAGGAUGGCACGGAUGACUUGCCUGAGAUACCGAAAGAGUUUUUGGAUUGGAGUUGUCAGGCUUAG